GCAGGAACAUCCCCAACCCCCACUUCAGAUCACUAAAUAAAGAAGGGGACAGAUCCGUCUGCAACCAAGAAGAAAAGGGGGCGGGAAAGUGUGGGGGGUGAAGAGAGAGAGAUGAGUCCUCCAAAUCCGCCAAGCCAAGGCAGCCUUUCAUUGCUGGAUGCAGCAUCUUCUCUCAAAAUGAUGGUGCGGGCGCUACUGCUCUUCUCUCUCAUCCAGGGUUCUAGCCAAAAAAGUGAUGAUGAUUAUGAAGAUUAUACAACCAACAAAACAUGGGUAUUGACUCCCAAAGUCCAUGAGAGUGAUGUUACCCUUAUUUUAAAUGGCCUGCUGGAGGGAUAUGACAACAAGCUAAGGCCAGAUAUAGGAGUGCAACCAACAGUAAUUCACACUGAUAUGUACGUCAAUAGCAUUGGUCCGGUGAAUGCUAUCAAUAUGGAAUAUACAAUAGAUAUAUUUUUUGCCCAAACCUGGUAUGACAGACGACUAAGAUUCAACAGCACUAUAAAAGUGCUGAGGUUGAACAGCAACAUGGUUGGGAAGAUCUGGAUACCUGACACAUUCUUCCGAAACUCAAAAAAAGCAGAUGCUCAUUGGAUAACAACACCUAAUCGGAUGCUUCGGAUCUGGAACGAUGGCAGAGUACUAUAUACGUUAAGGUUGACGAUAGAUGCUGAGUGUCAGCUACAGCUGCACAACUUCCCAAUGGAUGAACAUUCUUGUCCACUGGCGUUUUCAAGCUAUGGCUACCCAAAGGAAGAAAUUAUCUACAUGUGGAAGCGCAGUUCAGUGGAAGUGGGAGAUACUAGGUCCUGGAGGCUCUAUCAGUUCUCAUUUAUUGGGCUCAGAAAUACAACUGAAGUGGUGCCAACAACUUCAGGAGAUUAUGUGGUCAUGGCAGUCUACUUCGAUCUAAGCCGAAGGAUGGGCUACUUCACUAUUCAGACUUACAUCCCCUGCACACUCAUUGUGGUGCUAUCCUGGGUCUCGUUUUGGAUUAAUAAGGAUGCUGUUCCAGCCCGAACAUCUUUAGGUAUUACAACUGUCCUGACAAUGACCACCCUUAGUACCAUCGCUCGCAAAUCUCUGCCCAAGGUCUCCUAUGUGACGGCAAUGGAUCUCUUUGUAUCAGUUUGCUUCAUUUUUGUUUUCUCUGCGCUGGUGGAGUAUGGGACUCUCCAUUAUUUUGUCAGUAACAGAAAGCCAAGCAAGGAUAAAGACAAAAAGAAGAAAAACCCUCUUCUUCGGAUGUUUUCAUUCAAGGCACCUACGAUUGACAUCCGUCCAAGGUCAGCUACUAUCCAAAUGAACAAUGCCACACACCUCCAAGAACGGGAUGAAGAAUAUGGCUAUGAAUGUCUUGACGGCAAGGACUGUGCAAGUUUUUUCUGCUGCUUUGAGGAUUGCCGAACAGGAGCCUGGCGGCAUGGAAGAAUACAUAUUCGCAUUGCCAAAAUGGACUCCUAUGCCCGCAUAUUCUUCCCAACUGCCUUCUGUUUGUUUAAUCUGGUCUACUGGGUGUCUUACCUUUACCUUUAAACAAGCAGAAAGUUAAAUCGGUGACAUGAGCCUUAUUCUUGGAAUUUAUUCGAAAUUAUGGUUUCCUGCAUAAACCCACUGAAAUGCCAUGAUCGAGUGGCUGUAGUGCAACGUGCGCAUGAGGGGACUUUCCUGCAAGUAGGAGCCGCCCCAUUCUCUUCAAUUCCAGGAAAUACUCUGCACAUGCACCAUUACGCACACAGAGCAUUCCCUGGAGUGGGUCAGCCCUAGCUCAUUUUAGCUCCAUUGAGCAUCAGAGUUUCAUGGAACGUUGAACAUUAAAACACACUUUACUGAAGUGUGCAUUCUUUAGUGCCAUAAUGACCCAGUAAAUAGCAACCAUCAUAUCAUUUGUCUAAGACUACAGUAAAAUUAUUGUGAUUUGAAUGCUAUCAUUCUAUAUUUUAAGCAAUUUGAUACAAACAAAAUCAAGCUACCGGAAAGCUACCGACGAAUCUGAGAGGGACAAUGGGAAGAAGACCUGCACAGACUCUGAAAGUUUGGGUACUAUAGUUUCAGCUCUGAAUGAUUACAGUUACAAUUACAACGGUAAAAAAUACUGUAUAGUUUGUUAGCAUUGACUAUAAAUAUGUGAUAUCUUUGUCCUCAGUGGGCUUUUCUUUUUGGAAGAGUCAUCUCUCACUUCAGAUCAAUGUAACUAUUCUAGGGGGGAAAGUAGCUUUUCUUUGCACCCAAAUAAAAGUAGAACUUUGGGUGCCCUCCCUAAGAGCACAUGUACAAAUGUUGUAUAUAUUUCACUACCUUGUAGUACUUGGGUCUAGUGCAUGAAGUUUUUUUUUGGGGGGAGGGGGGAAUAAAUGGAGCAAAGGUACCAUAUACAGUAUUGUCUUUAUUUUGUAACCCUGGCUUUGCUGUUGUAGCAGGAAAAUGUGGAUUAACAUCCACCCUAUUUUUAUUUUUCUGGCAGAAACGCCUUCUCCCUCAUGCAUGGAGGAAUUGAACAGUCAGACAGCACUUUUGGUCAGAAGUUAGGCAAGCCUUAAGUCGUUGAACAAACACCAUCCGUUCCAUAGACAGAGCAAGUCAGUAAAGCCAAAAACAACAACACCAAAACCUUAGACUAUAGAUUAGCUCCAGGCCUUAGCUGCUACUUUAUUCCUCACUUUCCAUAGCAACUGCAAUUAUUAUGUACUGCAAGACUGGCUGUGGUCUUCUGAAGCAGUUGUUUGCAGUUAACGGAUCUUUCCCCACUCUGAAUGCUGAUCAUUUGCACCUAGAAUACUUUUGCUGAGCUGCACGAUCCAUUUGAAUGAAGCCGAGCUGAAUAUAGCUUUUGCUAUAUUUGCUUACAAAUACAGCACACAUUUAUUUUCCAGGCAGAUGUUGGGGCGUAUUCAAUUGUGCCAAUAUACAGCCCUGCACUUUAGUGCUACACUCCCCCCACUCCCUGGGUCUCUCACUUAUGACACAGAGUCUAUCCAUAGCUAACAUGGGCAAU